AUGAUUUAUUACUUGCUGCUUUUAUUCCCUAUCAACUAUGCUCAAGCAAAAGUACAACAACAACGGCUACAGUGGCAGUUUUCUGUAAUUCCAAAUGGAACAAAUAAUAUUGAAAGUAUAAAUUUAACAAAAAUCGGUGAAGAGCUGCGGAAAUAUACUCUCCAGUUACCACAUAUCAACGUACUGUUGCGUGCCAAGUAUUUGGAAAAUGACGACGCAAAUCCCUAUGUAAGAUGGUUCAUCCGGCAUAGUAAUUUGCCAGUAAUAAUUAAAUCCUAUGAUCAUAAACAAAUUAUUAAAAACCAAUCGCGAACACUUCUGCCAGUAAGCAAGAAUCGCGACAGUUUCGUUAUUUCUACCGAUUCUCAACAGUUACAUAACGUCGCCCAGCGGUUUGUACAACGGGCUGGUGUAUUCUUUUUCAUACUAUCCGAUGCUCAAUUGCCGCAAAAUUCCGGUGACUUGCAUAACGUAUUACACACCCUGUGGAUUAAGUACAGAUCUUUCAAGAAUUUUUUGCUCACUUUUCAAGGCAUUUUUUAUUUUAAUCCAUUCGCUUACGAAGCUGAUACCGGAAAAUAUGGUAGACUUGUUCUAAAUGAUAACACAAAGCCGCUGGAUAUUACCAUGUUCCGCGACAUGCAUGGCUAUCCGUUGAGGAUACAAAUUUUUAAAUCGGUUUAUGCACGCCCAUUUCUGAAUAUGAGCAAUCCAUCAAUAAAGGACGUUUAUGGUGUGGAUGGGAGAGUGGCAGAACUUCUAGAGCAACAAAUGAAUUUUACAAUGGUUUUGCAAGAACCAGACCCUAAUUAUUUCGGCGAACGUUCCAAGGAUGGCAAAUACAAUGGUGCAAUCGGUUCGAUUAUUGAGGAUAAGAUCGAUUUGUGUCUCACGGGUUUCUUUAUAAAGGAUUAUUUAGUGACGGAAUAUAUGGACUUUACAGUUGCCGUUUAUGAUGAUAAAUUAUGCAUUUAUGUGCCAAAAGCUCAGCGCAUUCCGCAAUCUAUUCUGCCAUUAUUCUCCGUCGGUUACGACGUCUGGUUAGGCUUCAUUUUGACUGCUCUCGUAAACUGCCUCAUCUGGUACCUCAUACGACGCCUCAAUCUGUAUCUUAACAUUAGAAAAUGCGCCGAUGUGUCACUAGAUCGUAGUCAGUGGUGGCAGUUUGUCAGAAUUUACAUAGACACAUGGGUACUUUGGGUGCGUGUUAAUAUCGUACGAUAUCCUCCUUUCAACUCAGAGCGUAUUUUUAUCGCAUCACUUUGUCUGGUCAGCGUUAUAUUCGGCGCCAUAUUCGAGUCCAGUUUGGCUACUGUGUUCAUUCAUCCAUUAUAUUAUAACGAUAUAAAUACAUUACAGGAAUUAGAUGAGAGUAAUUUGAAAAUUAUUUACAAAUACUCAUCAAUGGCAGACGAUUUAUUCUUUAGCGAAACAUCUCCGCUUUAUGCAAGCCUUAAUAAAAAGCUAGUACAUCUGCAGGAUUUGAACGCUGACGUCAUUUUGGACAUUGCAAAACAUGGAGGGAAGGCGGGUGUUACGCGGGCCAAUUCUCUGAUGCUAGAAUCAUUACAGUUCAUAUUAGCAAAACAGGUUUACGUCGUGCCAGAAUGUCCAAAAGAUUAUACCAUCUCCUAUAUCAUUCCAAAGGAUGCUCCCUGGGAAGAGGCAGUCAAUAAUUUGCUACUUCAAUUCUCUUCAUUAGGCUUAAUAACAAAGUGGAUUAACGAUAUGAAAACGGAAGUUGACAUAGACGUAAUGAAGAGUGGUUUGGAUUUAAAUCAAGCAAAUACCUUCAAGGUUCUCACAAUUAGUGAUUUGCAGUUAGCUUUUUAUGUUAUCUUAAUGGGGAAUGCAAUAGCCGGAAUCUCGUUAGUCAUGGAGAUCUGUCUCAAAUGCGGCGGUCAGCACUCAAAAGGAAAAUUAUGUAGCUUUUGAAAAUUUAUGGGAAUUAUUGUGCAGUCUUCCUGUACCAUACUGAAAACUAAUAUAAAAUUGUAAGAAAUUCACUUAAGUAUAUACAUAAAGCAACACAAGGCUACUUUAAGUUUUAUUGUACAGUUUUCAGUUAUGUAAA